AUGUCCGAUUGGCAUAAUAUCGCAAACGCGAGCGAUCACCUGAAAUGGCAUCAAAACAAAGGAGCACUCAAGCUCAACUUUUUUUUGAGUAUCAUCUUCGUUGGAAUGAUCCUGAAUGGGUACGACGGAUCUCUCAUCUCCGGACUUCAAGCUUCCGAUGCCUGGCAAGCGGAUCUCAAUUACCCAAAUGGUGUCAAACUUGGUCUUUUGAACGCUUGUGGUUCCUUCUCUGGUAUUCUUGUCGGUCCCAUUAUCAAUUACAUCGAUGAACACUUUGGUAGACGAUGGGGUAUUCGAUUUUACGGCGUUUCUAUCCUUGUCGGAUCAGUCAUCGGUUGUAUCGCUGGAGCUGCAGGAACAAACGGUUAUGCUCUCUUCAUCACUGGAAGAGUCAUCAUCGGCUUCGGAUUGACUUCGUUCCUCAUGACAAGUUUGAUUGUAGUUCAAGAGAUCACUCACCCUCGUACUCGAGAAACUCUCGCUCAUUCAUGGAAUUCCUGGUACAUUCUUGGUCUUUUCAUCGAAGGAUGGGUCGUCUUUGCCUGUGUUGGAUAUAUUGAUUCAACAUCAUCUUGGUCAUGGAGAAUCCCCUAUAUAAUCCAAGUUCCUAUCGCUCUCUAUAUCCUCAUAGCGGUACAAUUCGUUCCCGAAACCCCUCGAUGGUUAUUCGCUAAUGGCAGAGCAGAAGAAGCUUUCCAGUUUAUGGUUGAGUAUCAUGGAAAUGGAGAUGUUAACGAUCCUUUGGUUCACUUUGAAUACGAAGAAAUGAAAGAAGCUAUUCGAAAAGAAAAAGAAGCAAAAGGCGAAUCUUGGAAAACGAUUUUAAGUCGAAGAUCAAAUGUGCAUCGGUUGGGUUUAGCCAUCAUCAUGUCUUUCUUGACCAAUAUGUCCGGUAGUUCGAUCAUCUACUUUUACUACACCAUCGUAUUCGAUCAGGUUGGUAUCACCGAUCCUACUACUCAAACUGGAAUUGCAGCUGGUCUGAACGGGUUCACAUGGCUUUGUCAAUUGGCUGCCGUGUAUGUCGGUACAUUUGUUGGAAGAAGAAAAAUCAUACUCUGGAUCUGGCCGUUCCUGCUUCUGUCCCUGAUUGGUCUUUGUAUUUCUGGUGGUCUAUACGCGAAGGCCGAAGAUGGAAACACUUCAGCUGGAAUAGCGACUGUUGCCCUCGUGUGGAUCUACCUUGGGUUUUUCAACGCCGCUUGCCCAAUCAUCUAUUCUUACCCUGCAGAAGUACAAACUUUCUCCAUGAGAUCUAAAGGCCUAUUGGUCUGGAAUACCGUUUAUCAAUUACAAUCUGCAUAUGUCACUUGGGUCGAUGCCAUCGCUUUGGAAGCUAUUGGAUACAAAUACUACAUCGUUUAUAUGCCUUUGGUGAUCAUCCAAUUCGCUUUAGCUUAUUUCUUCAUGGUCGAGACCAAAGGAUACACUCUCGAAGAAAUCGCUGUAGCCUUUGAUGGCGGUUCUAAAAUCAGCUUGGCAAAUACCGACAUUUUACCCGCGGUCGAGCACGGUCAACAAAAUGGAAAUGAUAACGAAGCGAGAGAUGCGGAGGUCGAGGGAGAUCAUAAAGCUCGAUUUGAGAGCAAGUGA